GUGAAUCUGCGUUCAACUGGAAACCACUCUUCCAGCCUUGGCACCAAAGUGGCGCACCACGACAUGCACAGCUAAACGAGGAGUGCGCCUUUGAAGAUGCUUGAUCGCCAAUCAGCGAUUUCUGGUUAAGUGACAAGCCUGCUGUCGAAUCACCACCAUGAUAGCCACAGGUGGUCUACUGCGCAUGAAUCGGCGCCAGGACUCCCUCCGCUCCAAAAACCGGGCGGAAAACAAAAGGAAGCGGAAAUCCAGGAAAAAGAAGAAGAAUGACAUAGUCGUGGUGAAAGGGAAGCUCAAUCUGUGCUCCCCGGCCGGUUUUGUGGCUGGUGUUGGAGUUGUAGUUCUUAUGGUUGGGAUUUCCAUGGCUGUGCUGGGCUACUGGCCAAGCCAGAACCAGCAGCAGUACCAGGAACGUCGCAGAACUGGAGUAUACCACACCAAUAGAAUGAGCUUCUCCAAAGGUCAGCCAGUUUCCACCAACUUGACCAGUGGUAAACCUGUGUUCAGCCAGGCAGAGGUGUUAAACCAGAGCCAUUCCAACAGCAGUACACCCUCCCGCAACUGUGGCUUCCUGUGUGACUUCCUGGAUAACUACCUGUACUCGGACAAUCUGAAAGUCUUUGGACCACUGGUGAUGGGAAUUGGCAUUUUUCUCUUCAUCUGCGCUAAUGCAGUCCUCCAUGAGAACCGGGACAAGAAAACCAAAAUUAUUAACCUGAGGGAUAUCUACUCCACUGUUAUAGACCUGCACAGCAUACGGUCCAAGGAGUACUCGCCUCUAAAUGGUUUGGUGAAUUACACCCAGGCAAGGAAUGCUGAAGGCCCGUCUGGGUCUUUCCCUGCAAGUGGGAUGCUAACUCGCAGCUCAUGGCCCUCUACUGGACUCGGCGUCCAUGGUGAGUUAGUCGUUGAUGAGGUGUUAAGACGCCCGUCAUUGGCCAGCAGACCUCGAAGCUGGUCAAGAGAUGUCCAGACCUUUACGGAUACUGUCUACAGCAUCUACAGGGACUACAGCAACAACACCGAGCAGGCCCCACAACCCCGACAGUGGGAGACCACCUCCAUCGUAACGUCUUCUGUGAACGCUUUCACCCUCCCUGUGAUCAAACUGAACAACUGUGAGGUGGAGGAGUCUGAGAGGGUCAAGUCAGAGAGACACUCAGAGGAAGAGGUCAUUAUUGAGGCAGCUGCUGCAACUAUUAGUGAGGAAGGACAACCCAGCAGCAGCCAGAAGGACUGGAUGGAUGCAAAGGAGAAGGACGCUUCGACGGUGGAUUCCCCCCCACCUCAUCAGAGCCAUGAGGAAACAACCAUAGACAUAGCUGACCAACAGGGGGAGCCACAGGCUCAGCCCCAACCACAGUGGACCCAGCUGUUUCCUCCAUCACCUGUUGCCAGGGCGAUGGGGUCACGGCUGUCUCUCAACUCCCUCACGGAUCAGCCCAGGUCUGUACGGCGCUGCAGCCUGUCUGUGACUGUGUGUCGUCAAGGCGACAGAGGCAGGCGCUUCAGCUGCCCUCGUCUGGAGCGCUCCAACAGUAAGGGCUACAUCAAACUGGCUGAUCUGGGGGGAGAGUCCUUCGAAGCCCCAGACACAGACCCUUCUUUAAUGGCCACAGAACAUGAAGUAGCAACAGACACAGCAGCAGCUUCGAUGGUACCAGUGGAAGUAGCUCAGGGAGAGGACAAUGCAGUGACAUCGUGUACCUCUGCAGAAUCUUAGACUCCUAUUUUUGCUGAUGAGCCUCUAAAACUCUUUGAUGUCUUAUUCUUCUGUUCCUACCUUCUUGUCUAUGUGAAGCUGGCCAUUACAGAGGCAAGGAAACGUGGAGAGUAAGCAGCUAAGGACUAUUGAAACAUAGCCAUGAACAAUCAAGAGCCAAGCUCUUUAUAAACACCACAACCACCGCUCAAACUUCAGAUGUAAUUUUUCUAUUUUUUCAAUGUAGCAAGAGCAAUACUAAAGACUUGUAAGAAGAUUUAGAAGAGAUUUGUAUGAAAAAAAAUAAAAUCUGAUGAGAUAAGACUUUACUUUUCUUUUGUAUGAAGGCAAACAUUGUAGCUUGUAGAAUUGCCAAAACCGUCACUGAGACCUGCUGUCUGACAUGUUGUACUGUAGCAUCGACACAUGCCACAGAAAACUAAAUAGUCUAGUUUUGUUUCUCUACAUUGUUAUGUGAAUAGCACGUGAAAAAGGUGAACUGAAUUGAAUCUCAGGUAGAGUUUGGUUUAGGAACAGGUCCUUGAGGACAAGGUCUCCCCUCUGUGCACACUUGUUUAUAUGAAGCAUUUAUGGUUGAAUAAACUUGCCUGUAACACCUUC